AUGGCUGCCACUGCCAGUGCUCUCAACCUCGUCUUGGGUCCUGUGGUGGCCGCUUCGUUCAUUUGCGUCUUUCAAUUUGGGCUCGUUUGUAUGCAAGCAGCUCACUACCUCAAGACCUUCGCAAGCGACGCAUUAUUUGUCAAGUUCACGAUCAUCUCGUUAUGGACCCUCCUGCUGGGAUAUGUGAUCUGCGUUCUUCAAGCGUGUUAUGUGGCCGCAGUAACGGAUUUCGGUCAACCGUUUGCCUUGAUUUACUCUCCGUGGGGCGAUUGGGUUGCAUUAAUCUUGGGAGGUGUGAUAGACCAUUGUGUCCAGGCGUUUUUUGUGGUCCAAAUUUACCGGGCAACGCGCGCACGGUACCUCUGCAUAUUUCUUGGAAGUAUAGUCGCAUUGCUCCAAGUUCUUUCCGGAAUCCUCAAUGCGGGCCUGCUACACACCCGCAGCAUCGCAAUUUCGAGCGCUGAUCCGCUAUAUCAUCGCUUGUUGCUCGUUCUCUUCUUUAGCGAUGCGGCAAUCGACCUCGUGAAUGCUGCAGUUUUAUGUUUCUAUCUUAGGAAACAACGUGAAUCGGCUUUCAGUCAGAAUACCCUCAAAUUGGUUGACCAACUGGUCGUCUUCACUCUGCAGACUGGACUUACAACAAGUCUUGUCUCUCUUGCAACAGCUAUCUCGUUCAAGACUGCACCGACAAAUUUUAUCUGGGUCCUGUUCUAUCAAGCCAUGCCAUGCUCGUUCGUGAGUGCCCUGCUCGCCAACGUCAACAACAGAGGGAGUCUCUCGCUUGAGUACCGGCAAAAACAAUCUGCAACAUAUUCCUCGACUAGUGCCGGCGCGACAAACAGCAGACCCCAUGGACUGCAAAUCCAGAUCUCGCGAAGUAUUGUGCUCGCGCGCGACGCAAGUAUUGCAGGAUUCCGAAAGCCGGAAGAGAUGCGUGAUUCUCAAGAAGAUGGAGAGAUCGAGUUGAACAAGAUGGAAGCGAGUUCGACGGAGGACCUGAUCAACUUCCGCAAUCUUGUUGGCUCGGGGAUGUGCCUUGGAACGCCGAUCUGCAUUGAAGCUGUUAUCGUCUUUCCUUCAAGUUUCCAAGUGGUUGUCUUCGCCGCUGAUUACAUGUCUGCGGUGUCCCACUUAGAGUCAUCCAUUAUCAGCCUCACUCUAGGACCGAUACUCUCUGGGGCUUGGCUUGUCCUGUUUCUGUUCGGCGUGCUUUGCAUUCAAACAGUCAAUUAUCUCAGAACUUUUCCGAAGGACGUUUUACAUGUCAAAUUCACGGUCUUGUUCUUAUGGACGGUUCACUUGGCAUACACAAUCUGCAUCUGCCAGGGUACUUAUUGGAUGUCGGUCAAAGACUUUGGACAACUUUUCGCUCUGUUGUCUACUCCUUGGGGGCUCACCACAGCAGUCAUUUUAGGGCAAGCAUCAAUAUUAAUUUCGAUUGUAGACCAUGGCGUUCAGGCGGGUGACUUGGUGGUGCGACAGGCAAUCGAUUAUGAUGACCAUUCACAGGCAUUCUUUGUUUUUCGUGUUUACAGAGCUACCCGCGCUCUUUAUUUUUGCAUACUGCUCUGGAUCCUGAUCGCUGGCCUUCAAGCGUUAUCGCUUAUUGUCGCGGUUGAAGGGGUCCGCACAGCUAGUAUUGCGAUCUCCAUUGCCCACCCCCAAUACCAUCGACUCUUGCUGAUUCUGUUUUUCGCCGAUGCCUUGAUGGAUCUCCUUAAUGCUGGUGUUCUUGGUUUCCACCUAGGGAGACAGCGACAAAUCGUGUUUAGUCGGAGCACAACGGCAAUUGUUGACCAACUAGUCAUUUAUACUCUGCAGACUGGAUUUACCACGAGUCUUUUGGCCUUUGGGGCGGCUAUUGCAUUCAAGAUCGCCCCAACGAACUACGUCUGGGUGACCUUCUUCAUGGCGAUACCUUGUUCAUUUAUAAACGCCCUGCUCGCAAACAUCAACAAUCGGACCAAAUCCCGGCUGUCGACCAAACAGUCGAUUCCUUCCACCUUUGGGGGCCACAGUGGGACGCGUGGUAUCGACAGCCAGAUUUCAAGAAACGUUGUCUUUGCCCCGCGAGAUAACAGCACACCACACGUUGACGAGCUGAACAAGAUGGGCGAUGUGGUCUACGAUGUUGGGCCAAGAGCAUUAUAG